AGCAGGGAGCAGGACAUCGGACAGACAAACAGUCGGACUCGAGACUGAAGCUGCUGAAAGAACAAACCUCCAGACCUUCAGGAACCUCCAGCAGGAUGUUGUGUCCCAGCGUCUUCCAGCCGUCCCCCGUCACCAUGAGGCCUUUCAUGGACCUGCACUGGCCCGUCCGCAGCCUGUGGCCCGAGACCCGGCCGCUCUUCUACCACAUGGAGCAGGAGAUGAUGCGACACAUGCAGGAGAUGCGGCAGAGCGUGGAGCACAUGGAGAGGCUGCACCAGAGGAUCUUCGACGAGAUCGACCAGACCUCGUCCUCCGGGGGGAUGUUCAUGCCCAUCGCCUUCCAGGACCUGGGGAGGGACGGCGAUAGCUUCGCCCUCAGCCUGGACACCAAGGAGUUCUCCCCAGAGGAGCUGUCCGUCAAACAGGUGGGCAGGAAGCUGAGGGUGAGCGGCAAGACGGAGAAGAAGCAGGACGACGGGAAGGGCUCCUACUCCUACAGGUGUCAGGAGUUCAGGCAGGAGUUCGACCUGCCGGACGGCGUCGCCCCCGAGAACGUCACCUGCUCCCUGGCGGGAGGCCGGCUGCAGAUCCAGGCGCCCCGGGACAGAGCGCCGACCGACGGGAAGGAGCGGGUCGUCCCCAUCAGCGUCACCUCGGCCCCGGCCAUCACCUCGGGGAGCAGCUCCUCCUCCUCAGAGAGCGGCCCUGCCGAGAAAAACUGAACCGGCUGCUCGCCGAGGGAACGUGAAGCGGAGAUUCUUUUUAUAGUAAACUCAUAAUCUCGUGUGACGUUCAAGUGUCUCACAAUGAAGUGGUGAAAAUAAGUUACAUCGACAUUAAUUUGUAAUGUUAAUGUCGAUGUGAGAUACUUGAUUACUUUUAUCGUGUCAAACACAGACUGUACAUGAAGAUGGACGACAUGUCAGCUCCACACACUAAUCACAGUCACUGAUCGUCUUCAUAAAAAGUAAUUGACCAUUUUUAUAUACAGUCGGUGAUCGUCUUUAUAUACAGUCACUG